AUGUCUUACAUAGGAUGGACUGCUAAAGAUUGGAUAGAUUUCCAUAAAAACUCAACUCCAGAUGAUUCAUUAGAUCAAUUAUUACAACUAUUAAAAUCACAAAACUCUGCUCCACAAGAUCCUGCUUGGAUUUCUUUAGCUUCAGAAGAAAACAUUAAACACCAAUGGCAAAUAUUACAAUCAAAACUACAUAAAGAAGAACUUAAAUUAUAUGGGGUUCCAAUAGCCGUUAAAGAUAAUAUCGAUGCUAAAGAUUUUGAAACAACAGCUGCUUGUCCUUCAUUUGCUUAUACACCAGAAAAAGAUGCAUUUGUUGUCAAAUUAUUGAAAGAUCAAGGUGCUAUUGUCAUUGGUAAAACCAAUUUAGAUCAAUUUGCUACUGGUUUAGUAGGUGUAAGAUCUCCUUAUGGUAAAACUCCAUGUGCUUUUAGUGAUAAACAUGUCUCUGGGGGUUCAAGUGCAGGUUCUGCGAAUGUUGUUGCAAGAGGUAUUGUACCAAUUGCCUUAGGAACUGAUACAGCAGGUUCUGGUAGAGUUCCAGCUGCUUUAAACAAUUUAAUUGGAUUAAAACCUUCAUUAGGUGUUUUCUCAACAAAUGGUGUUGUACCAGCUUGUAAAUCAUUAGAUGCUCCAUCAAUUUUUUCAUUAAAUUUAAGUGAUGCCCAAUUAUGUUUUUCAAUAAUGGCAAAACCUGAUCCAUUAAAUGAUGAAUAUUCAAGAUCAUUACCUUCAAAUCCAUUACAAUCAUUUGGUAAAACUCCAAAAAUUGCAAUUCCAGAAAAUUUACCAUGGUAUGGUGAAACUGAAAAUCCAAAAUUAUACAACAAGGCUAUUGAAAAUUUGAAAGCAACAGGUGCUGAGAUUGUUAAAAUUGAUUUCACUGAUCUUUUAGAUUUAGCUAAAUGUCUUUAUGAAGGUCCUUGGGUUGCUGAAAGAUAUGCAGCUACAAAGGAUUUCUUAUCUACAAACCCACCAGAAGAUUCUUUAGAUCCAACCGUUAUUGGAAUCAUUAAAACUGCAACAAAAUUUAGUGCUGCAGAUGCUUUUAAAUAUGAAUACAAAAGACAAGGUAUCUUACAAAAAGUUCGUCAAUUAUUAAAAGGUAUCGAUGUUUUAGCUGUUCCAACUUGUCCAUUAAAUCCAACUUUUGAUGAUCUUGCUAAAGAACCAGUUGUUGUUAACUCUUAUCAAGGUACUUGGACAAAUUUUGUUAAUUUAGCUGAUAUGGCUGCUUUAGCAUUACCUGCUGGAUUUAGACCUGAUGGAUUACCAAAUGGUGUUACUUUAAUUGCACAAAAAUUCACAGAUUAUGCUUUAUUAGAUUUAGCUAAUAAAUAUUUGAAAAUUGCAUUCACUCCAGAACAAAGGCCAUUAGGUGCUACUAAAUCUAAAUCAUUGCUAGGUGAUGAAUUAUCAGUUCCAAAACCUGAUUUAUCUCAAUCUAUUAAAUUAGCCGUUGUUGGUGCUCAUUUGAAAGGUAUGGAUUUACAUUGGCAAUUAGAGAAAGUCAAUGCAACUUUAAUAAAAUCUAUCAAAACUUCUAAACAUUAUAAAUUAUAUGCAUUACCAAAAGUUGGUCCAGUUGCUAAACCAGGUUUAAGAAGAGUUACUGAAUCUGGUGAAAAAAUUCAAUUAGAAGUUUAUUCAGUCCCAUUAGAAAACUUUGGUACUUUUAUCUCAAUGGUUCCACAACCUUUAGGUAUCGGAUCUGUUGAAUUAGAAGAUGGUGAAUGGGUUAAAUCUUUUAUUUGUGAAGAAUAUGGUUAUUUACAAAAAGGUACUACUGAUAUUACUUCAUUUGGUGGUUGGAAGAAUUAUAUUCAAGAAACUUCUAAAUCAAGCCCUGCUAAAAAACCUUUCAAUACAGUUUUAGUUGCCAAUAGAGGUGAAAUUGCAGUUCGUAUCAUUAAAACUUUGAAAAAAAUGGGAAUUACUGCUGUUUCUAUUUAUUCAGAUCCUGAUCAAUAUUCUCAACAUGUUUUAGAUUCUGAUAUUGCAUUACCAUUACAUGGUGAUUCAGCAGCUGAAACUUAUAUUAACAUUGAAAAAGUUAUCAAGGCUGCUAAAGAUUCAAAAGCCGAAGCUAUUAUCCCAGGUUAUGGGUUCCUUUCAGAAAAUGCUGAUUUUGCUGAUAGAUGUGAAAAAGAAGGCAUUGUAUUUGUUGGUCCUUCAGGUGAUUCUAUUAGAAAAUUAGGUUUAAAACAUUCAGCUAGAGAAAUUGCAGAAAAAGCUGGUGUUCCAUUAGUUCCAGGUUCAGGUUUAAUUUCAGAUGUUUCAGAAGCUGUUGAAUUUGCUAAAAAAUUAGGUUUAUCAAAUGAUCCUGAAACUUCAGUUAAAGUUAUGUUAAAAUCAACUGCCGGUGGUGGUGGUAUUGGUUUACAAAAAGUUGAUUUAUUAGAUGAUUUACCAAAUUCUUUUGAAACUGUUCAACAUCAAGGUAAAGCUUAUUUUGGUGAUGCUGGUGUCUUCUUGGAAAGAUUUGUUGAAAAUGCUAGACAUGUUGAAAUUCAAAUGUUUGGUGAUGGGUUUGGUCAUGCUAUUGCAUUAGGUGAACGUGAUUGUUCUUUACAACGUCGUAACCAAAAGAUUAUUGAAGAAACUCCAGCUCCAAACUUACCAGAAUCUACAAGACAAAAAAUGAGAAAAGCUGCUGAACAAUUAGGUAGUUCAAUGAAUUAUAAGUGUGCAGGUACUGUUGAAUUUAUUUAUGAAGAAAAAAGAGAUGAAUUUUUCUUUUUAGAAGUUAAUGCCCGUUUACAAGUUGAACAUCCAAUCACAGAAGCUGUUACAGGUUUAGAUCUUGUUGAAUGGAUGUUGAAAAUUGCAGCUAAUGAUUCUCCAGAUUUUUCAAAACAAGUUAUUACAGUUACUGGUGCUUCAAUGGAAGCUAGAUUAUAUGCUGAAAAUCCAGUUAAAGAUUUCAGACCAUCACCAGGUCAAUUAACUGAUGUUAGUUUUCCAGAAUGGGCAAGAGUCGAUACUUGGGUUAAAAAGGGUACUGUUGUUUCUGCAGAAUAUGAUCCAACUUUAGCUAAAAUUAUUGUUCAUGGUAAAGAUCGUGCUGAAGCUUUAAAAUUAUUACAAAAAGCUUUAGAUGAAACUACAGUUUAUGGUUGUAUCACUAAUUUAGAUUAUUUGAGAUCUGUUGGUAAUUCUAAAAUGUUUGAAGAAGCUAAAAUGCAUACCAAAAUUUUAGAUUCAUAUGAUUACAGAGCCAAUGCUUUUGAAAUUUUAUCACCUGGUGCUUACACUACUGUUCAAGAUUAUCCAGGGAGAGUUGGUUAUUGGAGAAUUGGUGUUCCACCUUCAGGUCCUAUGGAUAACUAUUCUUUCAGAUUGGCUAAUAAGAUUGUUGGUAAUGCUAAUGCUUCCCCUGCUAUUGAAAUCACUUUGAAUGGUCCAACUAUUCAAUUCCAUACUGAUGCUAUUAUUGCUAUUACUGGUGGUGAAGUUGAAUCUAAGAUUAACAAUGAUGUUGUUAAACAAUGGGAACCACUCCAUAUUAAGAGAGGUGAUAAAUUAGCUAUCGGUAAAUUGACUAAAGGUUCAAGAGCUUAUUUAGCUAUUAGAAAUGGUAUUGAUGUUAGUGAAUACUUAGGUUCAAGAUCUACUUUUGCUUUAGGUAACAUGGGUGGCUACAAUGGUAGAGUUUUGAAAUUAGGUGAUGUUUUAUUCGUUGGUCAACCAUAUUUAGAUGGUAAUACAUUACCAGCACCAGAAUCUGAACCAGUUUCUUUACCAAAAGAAUUGAUUCCAGCUUUUGAAACAAAAGAAUGGACUGUUGGUGUUACUUGUGGUCCUCAUGGUUCCCCAGAUUAUUUCAAACCAGAAUCAGUUGAUGAAUUUUUCUCUGAACAAUGGAAAGUUCAUUAUAACUCCAAUAGAUUUGGUGUUAGAUUAAUUGGUCCAAAACCAAAAUGGGCUAGAGCUGAUGGUGGUGAAGCUGGUCUUCAUCCAUCAAAUCAACAUGAUUAUGUCUAUUCCUUGGGUGCUAUUAACUUCACUGGUGAUGAACCAGUUAUUUUAACUUGUGAUGGUCCUUCAUUAGGUGGUUUUGUUUGUCAAGCUGUUGUUGCUGAUGCUGAAAUGUGGAAAAUUGGUCAAGUUAAACCAGGUGAUUUGAUUAAAUUUGUUCCAGUUUCUUAUAAUGCUGCUAGAUCUUUGAAAAUUACUCAGGAUGAAACCAUUGAAUCUUUCAAAGGUUCAUAUCCAUCAUUAUCUGGUGAUUUAGUCUUAUCAAAACCAGAAAAUCCAGUUCUUGCUACUUUCAAAGCUUUCGAUAAUUCACCUUUAGCCACUUAUCGUCAAGCUGGUGAUCGUUACAUAUUAUUAGAAUAUGGUGAAUUAAUGGAUUUGAAUAUUUCUUAUAGAAUCAAUCGUUUAAUUGAAAUGGUUGAUUUACAUCAUACAGUUGGUAUUAUUGAAAUGUCACAAGGUGUUAGAUCUGUUUUGAUUGAAUAUGAUGGUUAUUUGAUUGAUCAAUCAUCAUUAAUUGAAACUUUGAUUGCUUAUGAACGUGAGUUAAUAUUUGAAAACAAAUGGAAAAUUAAAUCAAAAGUUUUCAAAUUACCAAUGGCUUUCGAAGAUAAGAAAACAUUAGAUUGUGUUACUCGUUAUCAAGAAACAAUUCGUUCAGAAGCCCCAUGGUUACCAAACAAUGUUGACUUCAUUGCUGAUGUUAAUGAUAUUUCUCGUGAAGAUGUCAGAGAUAUGUUAUACAGUGCAAGAUAUUUAGUCUUAGGUCUUGGUGAUGUUUUCUUAGGUGCUCCAUGUGCUACUCCAUUAGAUCCUCGUCAAAGAUUAUUAGGAUCAAAAUAUAAUCCAUCAAGAACUUAUACUGCAAAUGGUGUUGUUGGUAUUGGUGGUAUGUACAUGUGUAUCUAUGCUAUGGAUUCACCAGGUGGUUAUCAAUUAGUUGGUCGUACCAUUCCAAUCUGGGAUAAAUUAAAAUUAGGUGAACAUUCAUCAGAACAUCCAUGGUUAUUGACACCAUUCGAUCAAGUUGAAUUCUAUCCAGUUAGUGAAGAAGAAUUAGAUAAAUUUACUGAAGAUGCUAAACAUGGUCAAUUCAAAGUUGAUUAUGAAGAAAGUGUUUUCGAUCAUGAAGAAUAUUUAAGAUGGAUUGAUAAGAAUAUUGAAUCAAUUAGAGAAUUUGAAAAAAAUCAAAAAGGUGAAAAAGCUGCUGAAUUUGCUAAAUUAAUUCAAGUUGCAAAUGAAGAUUUAGAAAAAAAUGGUGCAAAUAAACAAGAAGCUGAAGAACAAUAUCCAGAAGAUGCUGAAUUAGUUUAUUCAGAAUAUAAUGGUAGAUUCUGGAAACCAUUAGUUAAAGUUGGUGAUACAGUUAAAGAAGGUGAUGGAUUAGUUGUUGUUGAAGCUAUGAAAACAGAAAUGGUUGUUAAUGCAACUAAAUCUGGUAAAGUUUUAAAAAUCCUUCAUGUUAAUGGUGAUAUGGUUGAAUCUGGUGAUUUAGUUGUCGUUAUCAAUUGA